AACUCCAAAGGGACCUCCUGCCUCCGUGCAUCAUGGCCACUGACCAGCUGGACUGGGGAGGGAGGCCGCCAGCACCAAGCGAAUCCUGCUGCGGCCGGGCAGCCUUUCACGACGAGGCAGCAAAGACCAGCAGACGAGGUGGCGACUGGCUGCUAGAAGGGGUCUCUGGAAAGGCGGGAGGUGGUCUGCAACCCAUGGCCACCACAGGGGGCACAGCGGGACGUGGCAGCUACUGGCUCUCGUGGAUUAAGAAGCCAAGGAGCCUUCCAAGGGACCUACUCCUGUGCAGCGACAGGUGACUGGCCAAGAUGGAGCAGAUUUGCUUGAGAAACAGGCCCUUCCGCGAGCUCCCCGUGUGAAUCCUCUGUUCUUCCUUUACGCUGCACUGGAGGAGGGGGAGGUCCCAGCAGAGGAGAGGAAAUGGGGAGGGUCGGCGGCCUCCUGACUGGAUGUGUGCUGGUGCUUGCAGUGACAGAGGCAGAGCGUUUCUCCCAGCAAGGGCGCCGCGUGUGUACCAUGGCAAUGGAGAGCCGCACCGUGUCCUUCCUGGUGUCCCACGCACACCCCAUCUACCAGCCCUACCUGACUGUGUGCCAGGGGCAGAGGCUUUGCAGUACGUACAGAACCACCUACAGGGUCUCCCACCGGAAGGCAUAUCGGGCGGUUUCCCAGCAGGCGCCCAGAUGCUGUCCUGGAUGGAGGCGGGCGAGUGGCCACGCCUGGCUUGGAUGCAACACAGCCACCUGCCAGCCGCCUUGCCAAAACGGCGGGAAGUGUUCAUUCCCCAAUAAAUGCGCCUGCCCUGCAGGGUGGACUGGAAGGUGCUGCCAGACAGAUGUGGAUGAAUGUGCCGGAGGAAGACACGGAUGCCGUCAGACCUGCCUCAACGUGGCCGGGAGUUUCAUCUGCAGCUGCCAGCAAGGACACAGGCUGCAGGCUGACGGGGAAACGUGCCAGGCUCCAGCAGCACCCACUGAGGUCCCGGGCACCACUAGUCCGGCUGGAGAUGGCAGUCUGACUGGGCAGGAAGACGCGAAGGAGCUGAGAGCCAGAGUGGUGGCCCUGGAGGAGGCACCUGUCAGCCUGAACUCAGUGGCCAAAGAAGCAGGAAGAGGAGCCCCCGCUUCUGACCUGGUCGCCUCUCUUUCCCUGUGUUUUGAAUGCAUGGCUGCAGGGCGUGGUCAGAGACUGGUCCUGGUGGCUGGAAAUGAGAUCCAAUGAGGGCUGUGUUUGGAAGAGCAGGAUGGAGCCUCUGCUGAGACUGUCAGCAUCUUACUUCUCCAAAGAAGUUUCUCAUCCUUCCGGUUGCCAGGCAAAGGUUCAGCCGCCCAGCCUCAUGCGGUACAAGGUCACUCAGCACCUGUGAAACAAACACACUCUUUUGUUGUCGCCCCCCCCCCCCCGGAAAUUAUCAUGUAAAAAGGACAGGCAUUUAUGUGGUACCAGCUUCAUAUUUCUACUAUUCAGAACUCCUAACUUGGUGCGGACACUGAGAUUUCACAAGUGGUUCCCCUUCUCUAACCACAAAACAAGUUUUCACUGCAGAAUGGAGACUGCUAUAUUGGGAAUACAGCCCUCAAGGACUCACCUCUCCCAUUACACAAGGAGCUGAACGGCAUCUUCCUUUGGUGGCAGAAGAAAGUUCCUGUUCCUCCUUUGGCGAGGGCACCGACUUCUGAUGCACCAAGAGAGGUCAUAGACUCGGAAGGGGCCACACAGGCCACCUCGUCCAACUCCCUGCUCAAAGCAGAAUCAGCCCAAAAGCAUCACUGACUCGUGUCCCUCCAGCCGCUGCUUGGAGCUCAGCACCUGCCUUGACAACCAGUUCCACAGCUGAAUUAUUCUUUCCCCCCUAAUAUCAAGCCAAUACCUUUACGCACAUGAUUUAGGCCCAUUCUUGCGCAUCACACCCUCUGCCGCCAACAGGAACAGCUCCUUCCCCUCCUCUAAGAGAAAGUGGAGACAGCCCUUCACAUACUAACAGAGCAGUCAUGUCCCUCCCCGCCCCCCCGCCUCCUCCUCUCCAGGCUGCACAUUCCCAAGUCCUCACUGCUCUCCUCUGCACCUGCUCCAUUGUGUCCACAUCCUUUGGAAGUGAAGCCUCCAGAACUGGCCACAGGACUCCAGGUGCAGCCUCACCUAUGAGCAAGCCAGCCUGGCGUAGUGGCUAAGGAUUCUAAUCUGGAGAACCGGAUUUGAUUCCCCACUCCUCCACCUGAGUGGUAGAGGCUUAUCUGGUGAACCAGAUGUGUUUCUGUACUCCUACAUUCUUGCUGGGUGA